AUGUCGAAAACUCUCAAGUUCCUUCUUUGGUCAUCCCUUGCUCUCUUGCUUCUUCAAAUAGGUUUUGGAGAGAAAUGUGGGAGCAAAAGCAGCGAACCACAGGUGAAGCAGACACAGGUGAAGUGGAGAGAAGGAAGAAAGUACAGAGUUGAGGUAAUGAACAAAUGUCCAAUGUGUCCAAUCAUCAACCUUCGUCUCAAAUGUCAAGGAUUUCCUCAGUCCCUUGUGGACCCCACACUCCUCCGUGUUCUCUCCUCUUCCGCCGGAAACUGUGUAGUCAACGACGGCUUGCCGUUGAGUCCAAUGCAGACUCUCUCUUUCAACUACUCCAACUCGCACCAAUUCGCUCUGCGUCCUCUUUCUUGGUCUUUUCAGUGCGAGUAA